AUGGCGCCACGUGCAGCGGCCCCGGGCAGCCCGGUCCUGCUCACGCCAACAAACAGCACCCUGGGGCGCAGCGCAUCGGGCCGCAGGCUCAGCCGCCUGGGCAGCGGCUCGCGCCGCCGCCUCAGCCGCGGGGCCAGCGGCAGCAGCUGCGACGGCAGCAGCGACGGCGCCUCGAUGGAAGCCGCACCUGAGCAGCUCAGCGGGCAGGCGUACGUGUCGGCAGUGCCGGACAAGAAUGUCCCAGGCAGCAUCUGGGAGGCCAUCGGCGCCGCCCUGAGGGAGGAGGCGCCCGCCCUGGACCUGGCACCCCUGGAAGAGUCCUUUGCACUGGCCAAGGCGGCCCAAGCGGAACCCUCCACGCCAAAGAAUACCGUCAACGCCGUCAUCGACCUGAGGAGGGCCACCAACGUGGGCAUCACGCUGAGGGGCUGCCAGAUCACGCCCAAGAACGUGGUGUCCUCGGUGACGGCCAGGAGCGGGCCGGCCUUUGAGAGCCCGGACCUGCUGAGGGGUCUGAUUCCCUGCAUACCUACGGAGGACGAGCGUGCCUCCCUGGAGGCGUACGCGCGGAAGGGUGGCGCCCUGUCGUCCCUGUCGGCCACGGAGCAGGUCAUGGCGGCCCUGGCGGGCAUCCCGCGGCUGGCGCAGCGCCUGAGGGCGUGCCAGCUGGACCUGGAGCUGCCCGAGAAGCUGGCACACGCGCAGGACCUGCUCAAGGUGAGCUUUAGCCUGCUGCCCCGCUGA